UUUUUUGCAACCCUUCGCGCCACGACGCAAACCAAGCGCGCCACCAUCUCAGCCCGACAGCGAUCUUAUUUGCCAGUGGAAUUUUCCAACUGUCAUAAUACCAUUGCGCCCUCGAAUCGACUCCACGGUCUCCCUCGGCUUUCAGCCCGUCCAGUGCAGCAGCUCUAUUUCUCCAGCCUAGCGCCUCAUCGAAUUCUCCCCGCAGCAACGAUUCUGACCCAAGCAGCAUUGAUUUAGCCCCGCGGCAAGUUCCAUAACUUCGAUUGCGACACCUCACCAUUGCGCCUCCCACAGCCCGAACCGGAUAAUCUUGCUUCCCCUUUGCGACUUGAAGCCCCCUGCGCCAUGAUGGACAAACUCAGCUUUCUGUGGAAAGACCGACAAUCCUUCCCCGACGUUGUCGUGCCCCUUGCGGAUGCCCCUGCGCCUGCCUACUCGGAGCCCAACGCGGAGACCAAAUCCAACCCCGAUGCGAAGGCUAAUCUGAACAGACUCGAUAGCGCCUCCUCCCAGGAGAACGGGGCCAGUCCCGUUCCGCCAUCUAACGUGCUAACCCUUGAAGGCUUGCGAGCGGAGGUCGAGUCUGCCGUCACGGCCUCGGGUGUGGACAGUGCUUAUGACCGCAAGGCGAAAAUCCUCAAUCGCGCAAUCCAAGACAUCGGCAUGGGUCGAUACCAGUGGGAACUGUACGUUCUCUGCGGAUUCGGCUGGGUUGCAGACAAUCUCUGGUUGCAGGGAGUUGCCCUUACGCUAAACUCGCUGUCUAUGGAAUUUGGCGUGUCUGAUUCCUAUGUCCGCUUCACGACCUGUUCACUAUUUGUUGGGCUUAUCAUCGGUGCCUCCUUCUGGGGUCUUGCCUCCGACGCUAUUGGACGCCGACCCGCGUUCAACGCGACGCUGUUCCUCUGCGGCGCCUUUGGCCUGGCCUCUGGUGGUGCUCCUAAUUGGGUUGGAGCGUGUGCUUUAUUUGCCUGUCUUGGCUUGGGAGUUGGUGGUAACCUACCCGUGGAUGCCGCCAUCUUUCUCGAAUUCCUGCCCUUCGAUUCAGGUAGUAUACUGAGCUCCCUUGCCACGUGGUGGUCUGUGGGUACUUUAAUUGCUAGUAUGUUGGCCUGGGCUUUCAUUCCCAACUUCUCGUGUGCCGACGCCGCGUCCUGUACAAGGGAAGACAACAUGGGCUGGAGAUACCUGGUCUUGUCAUUGGGAGCUAUCACUUUUGCCAUGUUUCUGUGUCGAUUCUUCCUGUUCACUCUCUACGAAUCCCCGAAAUUCCUGGUGUCUCGGGGUCGCCAGGAGGAGGCUGUCGCUGCCGUCCAGGGUAUCGCAUACCGCAACAAGACCAAGACCUGGCUCACCGUCGAGGUUCUCAAUGAGAUCGGGGGCUACCCAGAAGAGACCUCAGACGAGAAGCUGUCGUAUGCGCAGAUCAUUCGCAGAUCCCUUUCUCGCUUCUCCCUCCAGCAGGUGGCUCCUCUUUUUGCGACCAAGAGGCUGGGAAUCACAACGAUCCUCAUUUGGUUCUGUUGGACCACCAUUGGAAUGGGCUACACGCUUUUCAACGCCUUCCUGCCGCAGUAUCUGAGCACCUCGGCAUCGGUCUACGAAACCUACCGGAAUUACGCCAUCACGGCCGUCGUGGGGAUUCCGGGUCCUAUUGUUGCUCAUUUCACCGUCGACCUCAAGUACAUUGGCAGGAAAGGAACCAUGGCCAUCUCCACCUUGAUCACAGGAAUCCUGUUGUUUUGUUUCACGGCAGCCAAAGAUGCGAAUUCUCAACUGGUCUGCUCGGCUCUCGAAUCCUUUUUCCAGAUGAUUAUGUAUGGCGUACUAUAUGCCUACACACCCGAAGUUUUCCCUGCCCCGAACCGUGGCACCGGAACGGGCGUUGCAAGCUGUCUUAACCGUAUCGCCGGGCUCUGUGCCCCCAUCAUCGCCAUAUACAGCGGAGAUGCCGACCCGAGCGCUCCCAUUUAUGCUGCUGGCGCGCUCAUGAUUGUUUCGUUCAUCGCCAUGGUUUUGUUACCGAUUGAAACGAGGGGGAAACAAUCUCUGUAGGCGUGCUGCCACCUGUCUGCACCAGGGACGUCGAUUACUCGGGCGAAAGUCGCGGAUGACAAUCCAGCGCGUUGUGGCUACGGCUAUCCAUGUUGAAUAAUGCUCUAGCCGUUCCUCAUCCUGAAAGCUGGAUCAGGCAUGCUCCUAUCUACCUAAAAGUUUCUAAUAAUAGAAUGAACAUUUCCG